CGAAACGGCAGGGUCUAGAUGUUCGGUUCAGAGACGCUGCAGAGGAAGUAGACGGUAUGAAGUUUAAACAGCGUUAUGCUUACAAUACUUUGCCAUUAUUUAAUGUCAACGUAGCGCUAGCGAAAAUCGAUUGAAAGUAUCUGAACUGCUGCCAAUUUCUACAUCAAUUUAUUUGGACACCGAGGAUGUUAUCUCUGGCUAGCUAACGCCUAUCGUUUUUAUUAAACAGCCACAAACGAAUCAAACAACGCCUGUUCAGUCUAUUCAAUUUCAGCGGCACAAUGAGUCUGAACGAGCAUUCAUUGCAAGCACUGUCUUGGAGGAAGCUUUACUUGAGUCGAGCAAAACUGAAGGCUUCCAGUCGAACGUCUGCUCUACUAUCUGGGUUCGCUAUGGUAGCAAUGGUGGAGGUUCAGUUGGACACAACCUAUCCUUACCCACCUGGUCUCCUCAUUGCCUUCAGUGCCUGCACCACUGUGUUGGUGGCUGUUCACCUUUUUGCCCUGAUGGUUAGUACCUGCAUCCUGCCUAACAUUGAGGCAGUCAGCAACGUUCACAACCUCAACUCCGUGAAGGAGUCUCCACAUGAGAGAAUGCACCACCACAUCGAGCUGGCCUGGGCCUUCUCUACAGUCAUUGGCACCCUGCUCUUCCUGGCUGAGGUUGUACUCCUCUGCUGGGUCAAAUUUCUACCCAUUAGGCCUAAGAACCACAAUCCCAACAAUGGGACCAUAUCUGCAGGUGUGGCUGCUGCCAUCACCUCCACCUCCAUCAUGGUGCCUUUUGGCCUGAUAUUUAUAGUAUUUGCUGUACAUUUCUACCGUUCCCUUGUCAGCCACAAGACAGACAGACAGUUCCAGGAGCUGGAGGAGCUAUCCAACCUGACCAGGCUGCAGAAUGAGCUGGACGGCAGAGGGGAGUCCCUCAUGCAAUCCCCCAGCUCUCAAUUCCCUUAAAGACUGACCACUCUGACAAGAUAGAUAUCUCUACCACGACAAUACUUUUGCCAUUAGUUUGACAUUUCUAUUAAAAACACUGCAUCAUUUCUAUGAAAGUGUUGUGCUAUUCACUGUUUGAAAUGUUCACAUUUCUAGAUUUUUUUACUUACAUAUAACUGUAAAACUAUGCCACUUAACGCAUGUACACAAUUUCAACGGGAAAAAAAACACUGUCUUAACUGACACUUGGAGGAGCAUUGUAUUGUGGACAGUUUUUUAAAAUUCCAUUUACUUUGCAGGUAAUAAUGCAUGGGGCUGAAGAGGGCUCUCAUUAACAAUCUAUUGUGACAAGGUGGCUUGCUUUAUUGUUAUGAGCACCACUGAAGGUCUUAUGGUGUUUAAGACAACUCUGAACCUCGCAAGUUAAAAUUUGCUUAGAGCUUCCUGGGAAACCCAUUUCUCAUCUUUCUACAACGAGUUUCCAAGCAGGAAAUGUAAGUUCCGAGUUGUCUUGAAUGUGGCAUUACUUCUGUAAGAGGUGAAUAUGUUCCGUAUUCAACAUAAUGUUCUGAUUUUUACUUUUUAGAGUUAAUGUUUGAUAUUAAAUGUAAUCGGCCUGCAUAAGUUAUUUGUAGUCCAAAUGUUACUGCAUAAACUCACAACAGUUUACUUCUAUGUAAACUAUUUGUUAUUGAAUUAAACAAUUUGUACCAUGGUUGUCUGAACAAUGUUUUUGUGACAAAGCUAUUUUCACUGCUGCUUAAACAGUGAAUACAGAAAUGAACUGCACAUAUUGUAUCAACACAAUUUGCUUUGUAAAAGGUGUUAUGUUGCUUUAAUUUCCUGUCAAAAGUGCACCCUCUGACUUGUUUGCACACUAAGUUGGUAGGUCUUGGUAAAUAUAGAACAUCCUUAAACCAUGUAACCAUUUGCUUUUUGUUUUGCUUCUAGGAUACAUUUUUUAAUACCUCAAAUUGCCAUUGGGGAAUGAUAGACAGAUGGUGCUGUGACCUCAUUACAAGUCUGAUCAUGUUCAGUUGUCCUGUUUCAGAGAAGUAAAGUUACUAAGAUCUUA